AAAAAAAAAAAAAAAGAGGGGCUCUCUCUCUCUCCGUCAUAUUGUUAUCGGAAGUAUGUGUUCUGAAAAAUGCUUUCACAGUUUGGGUUUGAGAAACGAAGAGAUGCAGACGAUUGCAAGAAAUUUGGUGGGUGUAAACAAUGGAACUGUUAAGGGGACAAAAGCAUCAAAAUACCACCCUUCCACAUUACUUGUCCAUACUACUUCCAUAUCCAUGGUUGACAAUAUGAACUCAUCAAUUCAUCCCCAACCACAAAAAUUGGAUAGCCUGAGCAGGAAGAUUAAGGUUUUUGCUGCAAGAAGAAGAAGUGUUUACUCGUCUACAGACACUUACGUGCUACUGGAACCUGGAGAAGAGGAGAUAUUUGUUUCAGGAGAAGAACUAAGAGCCAAACUGAAAGGUUGGCUUGAAAACUGGCCAGGCACCCUGCCACCAGACCUUGCAAGAUUUUUAUCCAUUGAUGAUGCAGUUUCUUACCUGGUCAAAUCUGUUUGCGAGCUUGAAAUUGAUGGAGAUGUUGGUUCUAUCCAAUGGUACCAAGUUAGAUUGGAAUAGCAAAA